AUGGGUCACACAAUGAAGUGGGGAACACUACCACCCAAACGCCCAUACCUCUGGCUCUCUCAGCUCUUGGUGCUCGCUGGUCUUUUUCACUUCUGUUCAGGCAUCAUCCCAAAGAGUGUGACCAAAAGAGUGAAAGAAGCAGUAGUGCUAUCCUGUGAUUACAACACAUCCACUGAAGAACUGACAAGCCUUCGGAUCUAUUGGCAAAAGGAUAGUGAGAUGGUGCUGGCUGUCCUGCUUGGAAAAGUGCAGGUGUGGCCCAAAUACGAGAACCGUACCAUCACUGACAUCACCAAUAACCCCUGCAUUGUGAUCCUGGCUCUGCGCCUGUCAGACAGUGGCACCUACACCUGUGUUAUUCAGAAGCCUGAGACAGGGACUUAUAAAGUGGAGCACCUGACUAAAGUGAGGUUAAUGAUCAGAGCUGACUUCCCUGUCCCUACUAUAAAUGAUCUUGGAAAUCCAUUUCCUAACAUCAGAAGGGUAAUUUGCUCAACCUCUGGAGGUUUUCCAAAGCCUCACCUCUCCUGGUUGGAAAAUGGAGAAGAAUUAAAUGCUACCAACACAACACUGUCCCAAGAUCCUGAAACCGAGCUCUUCACAAUUAGCAGUGAACUGGAUUUCAACAUGACAAGCAAUCACAGCUUCUUGUGUCUUGUCAAGUAUGGAGACUUAACAGUGUCACAGACCUUCCAAUGGAAAACACCCAAACCAACCCCUUCUGCUAAUCAGCACCUGCCCUGGACCAUUACCAUCACAGUCUCAGCAUGUGGGAUUGCUGUGAUCAUUGCAGUUACAGUAACAUGCCUGACCUGCAGAAAUGCUGCAAGAUGGAGACAGAGAAGGAGGAAUGAGGAGAACAUGGUAAUAGAAAGGUAUUCUCUAUCUACAUAG